AUAAAAUUAUACCUAAAAUAAUUUUCUUUUACAGUGUCUUCAUGACGUAUGAGCAACUAUGAAUACUCAAUACCGCUUGGUCAUCUAACAUAAAAGAAUUGCAAUGGACUUGAAAACCGGUACACUACUAGUACCACCCACCGUCAAGAAUUCCAGCUGUUCGCAUCCACGCUAUUCUACACACAAUUUCAUUAUUCAUAUCGGUAUUGCGGAAACAAUUGAAGCGCUAUUGAUACUCAUCCUAACACUGGGCGUUAUUGGUGCUAACGCUUUGGUAAUAUUUGUAAUAAACAAUCGCAGAUACUCACCGUACAUACAUCAGCAGCCUCGUUACCUGCUAACAUCCCUGGCGUUGAAUGAUCUCACAAUCGGACUGCUAAUCACACCAUUUGGAUUACUGCCAGCACUAUUCCAUUGUUGGCCUUAUGGUGAAAUAUUUUGCCAAAUACAGGCUUUACUGCGAGGUGCUCUUUCCCAGCAAAGUGCUGUGAUAUUGGUUUGCAUGGCUGUCGACAGAUAUAUGUGUGCACUGCAUCCUCGGAGAUACUAUCAACAUUCCAGUAAAAAGGGUUGUGUUGCCAUACUCAGUCUCACAUGGAUAAUAAGCCUGACAGUUUUUGGAUUUCUCGUAUUGCCGAAAGGUUACUACUUCAACGGCUCCGGUCUAAUGGCCUGCGAACCAUUUUACAGCAAACCAUCAUAUCGUAUAUUGGCGACAUGCGCCCUCUACUUUCCCACCACAAUGGUACUGAUGUACUGUUACGGCUCCAGCUUUCAUAUGAGUCGUUUCAGGCUUAACGACCCAACAAUGCCGCUUACUGCCGCUGCACAUCAUCCGCAUCAUCAUCAUCAUGCAUUAGCAGCUUCUUCGACGUUACCUAGCACACCAGUCAUGAAUUUGAUGAGCAUGGGCUUGGGUAUGGCUGGUAUGGGAGGCCCCAAAAAUACAAUCACAAAAAAGAUUGUACCAAUACAGGAGAAGAAUUCGAGUGGCUCAACGUCACGUUCAAUGGCAGCAAUUUCAUUGGGUUUCAUUGUUAUGGUCACACCAUGGACAAUACAGGAGAUUGUUACCGCAUGCACAGGCUCGAAGCUUCCACCUUUUUUGGAUUUUUUAGUUACAUGGACUGCAUUGAGCAACAGUCUCUGGAAUCCAUUUAUGUAUUGGUUGCUAAAUUCGGACUUCCGUCGCCUUAGUCGACACCUGAUGCCAAAUAAGUGUUUUCCCACCGAGGACACACCCGAACAUAAAUCAGCUUGUUGUCACAACAAUUCCGAUUUUGAAAUAACCACUUUGCCAAUGCCACCAGAGCCGCCCACAUCUCGGCCACCGGGCAGCAGUAGCGGUAUUGGCGGUGGCUCAGUACUCGGCAUUUGUGCACGUGCCCGUACCAAUAGUCUUAGUCGUAGCGCCUCACAGUAUAUACGCGGUCAUCAUCAUGGUCAUAGUCAUCACGGCGGCUUUGCGACCAUGCGGCCAGAUAUUGAAGGCUUAUCCGAAAAGUAUUGGGGCGAAAUACUUGAGCGUACUGUAAGCUCAGGCAGUUUGCAUGCCAUGCAAAAGAGUUUUCCACUUAGUCAACAUCAUCACCAUCACCACAAUACACCAGCGACCAUGACAACCUCAUUUAGCAAACAUAGUGAUCUAAAUUUAACCAUAUCCGAGCAUGAACGCGAACAAGACGGCGCCUCAAAUACUGCCCUCGAAUGCGAAUUAAGUAAAUUUUCGAAUUCUGAGCCAAAAUUGUGCGAACACAUCUAUCACGAUGCAAAUUGUGCAAAAAAUAAAUCUGCACCGAACGGCGCGUCAGCAACUAAUGCAACUUCGAACAUAGAUGAUACAAAACAUUCAAGCAGUUUUACCAACGGACGCAAUAUACCGGAUAUUUAGUACGCAGAGGAUGUCAUAUUGGCUAAGAGUCAUACUAGACACAUUUGCGGACACAUCGCUAAUAGCCAUAUUCCAGGAAAAUGCGCUAAAACCACAACUCGUGCCGCAGUCACAAUCCGCCGUCAAAUGUUGUAAGUGUGAUAAUACCGCUGGCCGAGUACCGGAAGUAAAGUGUAAAUAUUAUAGAGCAAAUAAUGAAAAAAUUAUUUUAUAAAUAAAUAAGUUGCGUGUUUGAUGUGUAGUUGAAGCAAGUACAUAUAACAGAAAUACAUAAUUCAGAUAAUUCAGAAAUUAUUGGCAGAGUUUAGAGUGAAAGUACGUAAAUGUUUAAUAUCUAAUAUGUGUGAUAAUUUCAGUUAGUUUUUUAUUUAUAAAAUAAAUUCUCAUACCGACAUAAUCGUAUUCGUA